AUGGAGGUGAAGAUGGCGGUGGAGCGCGCAAGGUGGGCCGCGACUGGCGACGGAGAGCCGCGCUCUGGUGGAGCGCUGGGGUCGCGGGCGGCGGCUGGUUGCGGACAGUGGAGGCGAUGUGGUGGACGGCACUGUCUGGCGGGCGGCGAUGGGGGCUGGUGGAGGUCCGCUGAGUGGCGGCGGUGGACCAGAGAGAAGAGAGAUGGGAGAGCUGCGGCGGUAGGCUGCUGCGUGAUGGGGGUUGCGGCGCAAGUUGCAGCAGCCAUUCUUUUUCUAAUAGAGUUUACUGCCUCUGCAUAUGCAGACUCAGCAAUAAAACUAGUCAUAUCGCAUUUCCCGGAAAGAAAAUCCAUUCUGAUAUCUGUAAUUGCUGGAGUUUAUGUUCGUAGAAAUCAGGUAUGGGCUUAUAAGCUGGUAUCACAAUUCAGAAAUGCUGAAUUUGUUGAGAAUGUGGCUCCAAGGGCCUUCACUUUUGCUGAAUUGGAGCAAGCAACAAAUGAAUUCAGAGAAGAGUUGGGCAGAGGAGCAUUUGGGGCUGUGUAUAAAGGGAUUUUGCCAGAUUGUGAGAAGGUUGUGGCUGUGAAGAAACUUGAGAAAGUAUUAGCAGAAGGCGAAAAGGAGUUUCAGAAUGAAAUCACAGUGAUUGGGAAAACACAUCACCGCAAUCUUGUCCGGCUGCUCGGCUACUGCCUUGACGGAGCUAAGAGGCUUCUAGUUUAUGAGUACAUGAGCAAUGGAUCAUUGGCAGACGUCCUUCUCAAACCAGAGAACCAUCCGAGUUGGGACGAAAGAAUUAAAAUUGCCCGCGACAUUGCAAGAGGUGUUCUUUACUUACAUGAAGAGUGUGAGACACAAAUCAUCCACUGUGACAUUAAACCUCAGAAUAUACUCAUGGAUGAAAACAGGUGUCCCAAGAUUUCUGAUUUUGGGCUUGCAAAGCUAUUAAAGCGUGAUCAAACAAGAACUUACACAACUUUUAGAGGAACAAAAGGUUAUGUUGCACCAGAAUGGUACAGGAAGAUGCCUGUGACAGUUAAAGCAGACGUUUACAGCUUUGGGAUUGUGCUGUUGGAGAUCAUAUGCUGCCGAAAAAGUCUAGACUGGAGCUUUUCUGAGGAUCAAGCUGUUCUUGAAGAUUGGGCUUACCAGUGUUUCAAAGCCGGAGAGCUGUAUAAAUUGGUUGGUGAUCAGGAGGUUGUUGACAUGAGAAAACUGGAAAGAAUGAUGAAGAUAGCUCUCUGGUGCAUCCAAGAUGAGCCAGCACUUCGUCCAUCCAUGAAGAAAGUUCUUCUGAUGCUCGAAGGAACUGUUGAUAUUCCAGAUCCUCCCAGUCCUACAUCGUUUUUAAGUUCCACAUAA